AUCCCUACCCUAUCGUCAGACACACCACGUUGAGAUAGGUCGGAAAAUACCCAGUGCUAGCCAGGGCUUUUCUAUUGUACUUUGUCAAUAUUCUCAACGCUUUCCCGUCUGUUCCCUAGCCUUUUCAGCAUAAGAGGUCUACUCGACGACUACUGAAAGACCACGAAACUGCCACCUUCGUUCAGCGCCGUGAUGUUAUAUUUCGUGUGAAUGUAGCAAAAUACCAGGCACAAUGAGGCAGGACGUAAGCAUGGAGGAAGGAGAGGACCCCGUGAGUGUUUCAUGGGAUCUCAACUCCAUAAAGGAGGAUGAGUUUGAAAAAUAUGUGGUCUACAUCGUCCCUGAUCUCCCGGUUAAGCCGGACUGCACCAAUCGGGCGGAGAGUACCUUGCCACGUAACUUGGUGCUGAAGCCAUCACAAGCUCUCAGUGAUGUCCUUGGAGUUUGGAGCACAAGUUACAUUCCAAGGGGUACCCGUUUUGGGCCCUUGGUCGGAGAGGUUUAUGCCAAAAACGCUGUUCCUACAACUGCCAAUAGGAAAUACUUCUGGAGGGUCCAAAUAAAGGAGGAACGAAGGAAUUUUUUAAAGGUAUACAAAGACAACCAGUUAUUCUACUAUAUUGAUGGAUUCGACAUCAACAAAGCAAACUGGAUGAGAUAUGUCAAUCCUGCUUACUCGAGCGAGUCGCAGAACCUAAUCGCUUGUCAGCACCAGAUGAACAUUUACUUUUAUACCAUAAGACCAAUAAUGCCAAAUGAAGAAUUGCUUGUUUGGUAUUGCCGAGAGUUUGCGGAAAGGUUGAACUACCCUCUAACUGGAGAACUGAUGCUGCAGAGGAUAAGAGCACAAGUGCAAGCCACUGCGCCACCGCCACCAGCCCUCCCUCUUCCCCUCAAAGAGGCGGAUGUGAGUUCAACAACCCCUCACCGAGCCUUGCCCUGUCCCGAGCCUAAGCCCUCGGUACUACAAGUCAUCAACGGAAGGAGCAACGUUGUAGUACCCAACGACUCCAGGUUUGGCAACGGAGUACUAAAGAUCAACGAGAAAAAAGCAGACGAAUUGAAACAGACAAGGCCAAAAAGCAAUGAUCUCAAAUCUCAAAUAAACUAUGAUCAAGAGAUGAUCAACAACUAUCAUAGGAUGCCGAUUAAUGACACUUCUUCGAGAAGAAAUCACGAGAGGAACGGAGAGCAGGAGAAGGAGAAGGAUAGCGGGUUUACGGUUCCGAAUGAGGCAGUACCUGCGAAAAGUUACCCUCUGAAGGAUGAGAGUUCUGCCAGUAAAGAGGAGAUCAAGAUGGAAGUUGUUGAAUCUGCAAAUUCAACAACGGAUCAAAGGGUGUUUGAGGCCCCUAAGAAUGAAGAGAAGGAACUUAGGUUCAGAGAAGACUCCCCAGCCAAGGACAGCCAUGACAGGCCACACAAAGACCACCAAAGCUAUGACCACCUGGCUGUUGGAGCCGACGGGUCAGUCAGGUCAGAUGAGGGAUAUCACAGCCACGGGUAUCACGACGAGGUCUUAACACCUCCGGAAGACUCAAGUGACUCUGAUGAUAGUGACAACAACUACGUCUUGGAUUUUAGCAAAAAGCCCACGGAAGAAAUUAUGGAACCAAUACCUGAGGAGCCAUCGCUAACCUCCCCCGAACAUGCAGCCCCUGAGAUCAACGGGCAAAGUCCAGACAGGAAUGAGUACCGAAAAGUGAAGAUAAAGAUGACCAAGGCUAACCUCUACAGUCACCAUUACAAAAGCGACUCUCCGCCCGACUCCGGGAGAGAGAUGAUACAAACAAGUCCGACUCCUCCUCAGUCUCAUUCUCCGUCGGAUUCGUUGAUCAUCGUAGAGUCACCUGUUCCUUCAGAGCACAGUCCACAGCCUGCAAAGAAACCUCACUACGAGCCUACGACUGUGGUGAUUACCAGGAGUCCUCCUAGGGACACACCUCAGUCCACGUCAAUCCUAGAGAACAUCUUGCUACGGAACAGGAGUGAAAACAAGGAGACUAUGAUGAGGCGAAACUCCGCUACUCCUCCUCCUACUUCCCCCACGGAGAUGGCUUACUCCUACAAGAAGUCCCAUAGGUACGGAAAUCUCCCAGUCAGUCCGGAUUCUACAGCUAGUCACCCGCAGAAUAACCUCAAUGUUCCGUCGCUCCCCACCAGUCAGCUGAGGAGAUCACCCUACACACCACCCCCGCUCUACCCCCCUGAGUUGCCGUACCCUACGCUUCAUCAGACUCAGUACUACCAACCGUACAACACUUCAACUCUAAUGCAUCCUCAGAUCACUUCUCAACCCUCUAGCGGCUACUCACCUCCGUCAUCUACCAACCUUCACUUCUCAAACACAAACUCGAUGAAUAUCUCCGGUAACCUCCACCACCUCUUGACUCCUCUCGCCCCGUUGCAGCACAGACAACAACUGUCGCCCCCUGGGUAUCUCUCCCCUGAUGAAGGAUCUCUCGGAAGUCCGUUGAGCCCCAACAGUCAGACAUCCCGUGGCUACAGGUCACUUCCAUACCCACUCAAGAAGAAGGAUGGAAAGAUGCAUUAUGAGUGUAAUGUUUGCUACAAGACGUUUGGACAGCUGUCUAACCUCAAAGUUCACCUUAGGACGCAUUCUGGCGAACGCCCAUUCAAGUGUAAUGUCUGCACCAAGAGCUUUACCCAGCUGGCUCAUCUGCAGAAACACCAUCUGGUUCAUACAGGAGAAAAACCUCACCAAUGUGACAUCUGCAAGAAGAGGUUCAGUUCCACAUCCAACCUCAAGACGCAUCUAAGGCUACAUUCGGGCCAGAAACCCUAUGCUUGUGACCUUUGUCCAGCCAAGUUUACACAAUUCGUCCAUCUCAAGCUUCACAAGCGACUCCACACCAAUGAGAGGCCAUACACUUGCCAGGGCUGCAGCAAGAAGUACAUCAGUGCUUCUGGCCUCAGGACCCAUUGGAAAACAACCAGUUGCAGACCUAACAACAUGGAGGAAGAGAUGGCCAUAGCAGCUGCGGCCGGUUCUCCACCUGGCUAUUAUGAUUUCGUCAACUCUGAUCUCUCGAUGGGAAUGCUUGACAAGGAAGGCAGAGAAGCAGAUUCCCGAGACUCCUUUGACAUUCACCACCAGAUGGAACCAUCCGUCAACGUCAAUGUUCCGGUGUCCGAGCCGCAGAGGCCAUCUGUGAUUGAGAGUUCGCAACCCCACAUCAUAGAGUGCACCUGAACUCCGUUGUUUAAUGUUUUAAUUAAACGCAAAAUACUGCGCUAGGUUAUUUUAUUUUGAGUGAAGAUUUUGUAAAUGUCAGUAACCGAUGGAUUUAGAUAUCUGCUUUCGUCAAGAGAAAGAAGACUUAUUAUAGAUCUGUAAUUUGUGUAAAAACUAUUAAGUUGUUUUAAUAAAUUCUGUGAUACAUCUAUAUAUACGCUAUUUGUAAGUGUAUAUUUCGUAUUUAUCGGCUCAAUGCGACUUAUGCUUUUAUUACGUUGUAAAUAGUCUUUUAUUGUAUUUAUUUAUGUAUUUUAUGUACCUGUGUCGAUUUAUUUCUUGUUGUUAAGAUUGUAUUUUUGGGGUAGCUUGUACAACUGUAAAGUGGUCUGUAUUUUAAGGGAGAUGAUUAUAAAGUCUGAGAAUAUAUGGAUAUUUUUAACUAUAUUGUAAAGAGUCAAAGAUGUGAAUUUAUUUAUUGUAGAUAAAAGAAAUGCAGUUUCAUGCAGCUGGUGAAACAAGUCAAAUUCUAGUUCCAGCUUUAAUGCUUUAGAGAAAUUAUGUUUCUCAAAGAAAAUGGAUGUACCUUAAGCAAUUUUGAAAAUACAUUUUUUUAUUAUUUCAAAAAGUUAUUUUUUAAGUUAAAAUAUUUGAGCUACGUUAUGUCAUUUAGUACCCACACACAACAUAAUAGAAACCAAAUACCAUGUUUAAAAGCCACAAUUCCACCAACUCACAUUGGUGUUUGCGAGUUAAAAUUUGUAAAAUAAACUGAGACGGCAUUAGUCAUGGGGACACUGUGCAGAAAUGAAAUGGGACGAAGAUCCCGAUUUAUGAAACUGCAUUUCUCACUACCACAAGCAAUGCCCGUAGACUAAAGUGUGCCUACUCCUUUAGCAAUAACUGGCUUACCUACUCAAUAUACCAUCAUUUCCAUUGCUCUGUGUCAAUUUGAUCCACAAGAGGUUUGGAGUUUUUGUAACUGCACACUUUCUAUAUCGGAGGCACUUUCAAGCCUUGUUUGGUAAAUUCUAUACACGGUAGAUUUUGAGACCCGUAUCUGUUUGUAAAAAGCCGCUCGAGUUAAACUCAGUUUUUGUAAAUAGGGCUUCAAGCUGAACCAAUAUCCCAAUUUUAAUCGAUGUGAAAUAAACAAAAAGAUUUUUAGGUUUUUGCAUUAUACUAAAUAUUAAUAUUGUUUUAAUAAGUUUUAGUUUUCUUCCCCACCGAAUAAUGUGUCUCUUAACACUGUAAUAAUGUUUAUUCAUAUAAAUAUCUGUAUUGAUGUAAUUUGUGUUCCAGAUUCUAUUGUUUUAUAUGUACUGUGUACAUAUGCAUUUCCUAAUAAGUGGAUGCAAUAUACAAGUUUUAAAAUUUUUACAACAAACAUUACCAGCUAAAUUCACCCAACUGCAAUUUAAAUACUGAAAUUUUUGUUUGAUCUCAAUGUCUAUAGUAAAACGAAAUCAUCCCGUUUACUGACUGAUGUUAAAAAGUGUUCAUAAAAACGACUACACCCUAUCUUUUUAUAUAGCCAUAAUAUCUUCAAAUCAAACCAAAUGUAUAUUGUGCCUUGUUUGAUUUUUAAAUGAGUUUUUUAAAUAAAAUUUUAUAUGAGGUUUAGGGAUGCAACAAAUUGCAAUUGUUUUCCGGGAUGAUUACGUCAAAUACAAGAAACUCUGCCAGUCUUUAGGGUAGUUAGUCACUCUUAGGUAGAAGUAGACUACUAUUGUUUCUUUUAAUAAUCAUAAUAUGGUAUUCACAUUUAAAGGCAUUUUAUUGGUCAGAAGUAUGAACUGGGUGAUUGAAAAUGAUAAAAUUCAAAAAUAAUGUUUAAGCUUUUAGUAGAAAUUUAAAUUUAUCAACCAAUGUAAAACCUUUUUCUUCAAGGUUUUUUUUUACCUCUGCUCUGCUAAAAUCGGUUUUAAAUCUAAUUUAGUACAGAUUGUUUAUUUAAAAUUACCUUGACAUUUUUCAUGCUUACAGAUAAAUUUAUUCUUCUAAAAUUUUACCAGAUAACUUCACCUCUGAGACGACCAAGUCAAGCAACAUACUUAAAUAUUUAGAACUUUAUCUAACUUUCCAUUUUUGAUUAGAUAUGAAUAUAUUCAGUAUAACAUAGAAACUGAGUAGAGGAACGUAGUUCAAUUUGAAUUAUAACUAUUUUUACUCCGAAUUUAAUAACCUAAAUUUUGCAUGGUGAUAUGGCUUUUUUAUUUGUUGUUCAAUGAAUUUCUAUGUAGUAUAUUUUCCUGGUUAGAAUCAGUUAACAGAUAUUUGUAACCAGAUAGUCUGGAUUAAACCUUGAUUGUGUUUCUUGAGUGUUGUGUACAAAUGCAUGUAGAUGGCGCUAUAUUAUAGUCUGUUAUUUAUUGUAUUUUAAAAGGGAUUUCUUUUUUAUCAACUGUUUCCACGACUGACAGCCAUAGUUAUAAUUAUUUUUCGUAAUUAUGUUUGGAAACAUUAAAGAGUACAUCCAUUUAA